AUGGCAGACAACGUGGACAAUCCUCAGGAUGAUGAACCUAGCCAGGGCACUGUUGGACGACUACGCAACAUGUCUGUCAGCGCCGCCAAUAAAGUCAUCAAUCUCAACCCUCAACUUGGAAUGUGGAAAGCUACAGGAACAGCGAUUGCGCACGCCCCGAACUUGAAAGACCUGAGGUCACCAGUUGUUGGUGGAGAGAAUAUUGUCUUUGACGAGGACGGGCACAGUGCCAGAGUAGCCCACGCCGAAGACUUGAAGCAAGAUUACCUUGUUCGAACUCAGACCCAGCAAGAGAGGAAAAACACAAACACAUCAAUCUCGCCUUCGGAACCAAGGACGUCUACGGACAAGAAUGCAAGAUCUGAGCUCAACGGCGCACAGAGCCCUACUUAUGAUCCGCCAACACACGAUCUGGAGAAGCACAAAGUACCAUGGAGCGUGGCUGUCAAGCAUGGCUUCCAGGCAGCCUGGAAGUUUAUCAGCACGCCCACUGGCUUCUUGAUCACCAUCUAUGGACUCAAUGUCGUAGCCUGGGGUGCCAUGUUAUUCUUCCUGAUCCUGAAGGCCGCACCCGCGAUGAAUCACCCCGACAACGGUGACGCGGACAGCUCGCCACGUAAGAUCUGGCUCGAAAUCGACUCGCAGAUCUUGAAUGCCCUUUUCUGCCUUACAGCAUUUGGACUCGCGCCUUGGCGAUUCAGAGACUUGUGGUGGUGUGCCUGUUGGCGUGCUGGCUGGGGAGGCGAGAAUGGGCGUAUCGCUUUGAAGAAGCUGGCGAAAAGAAAUGACGAUUGGUUCCGCAUGGGAGCCCGACAUGGCGAGGAGCACCUCGAAGACGCAAGACCAACCUUUACCGGCAAACACGCGCCACCAACAGCACCAUGGAAGCUCGACUUUGUAGUAUGGCUGAUAGUGUUCAAUACUCUUUUCCAGGUUGGAAUGGCAUACAUGAUGUGGCACUACAACAGGAUAGACAGACCGACAUGGGGAGCAGGUCUCUUUAUCGGGUUAGGCUGUGGUGUCAGUAUGAUCGCAGGUGUUAUGUCCUGGUGGGAAGGAAGAAAGAUCAAGAUUAUCGAAGGCCCCAAAGUGCUGGUGGAAAGCAAAGAAGAAAGGGAAGAGGAAAGGGAGUAUAGUUAUUCAUAG